AUGGACCCUUACGGCUCAGACAGCGAGUCUGUUUCGGAAUUCGAGAGACUCGAAUCCACGUUACCUCAGCCCCUCCGUCGUUCUGCUUCCUCUCUUUUGGAAAAACUCACCAAUGGCUCCCAGACCCACUUGCUGAACCUCCAUCUUGAUUCACCUACACCCAGAGUUCCCCACCACCAGGCUCCGCUGAACUCGCUCGGAGGCCAGCAAAGAGCUCACCACCAGCACUUGCUUCUGAAACUCUCCAUGUCUGAAAAUGGCAGGGAGAGUUCGCCUAUUCCGCUUCCUCGUCCUGACUUCAAUGAGGAGAUCCACAAACCAGCCAUGAACACGAAACAGUCCUCCACGGGUGUUUUGUGGGUUACCGAAAGAGCCAAUGAAUACGGCUUCCAGGGCAAUGGUGACGACUCGUGGGCUAAUUUGGGCCAGGGUGCUCCAGAACACGGUGAUACCAUUCCAGGCUCCUUCAAGAGACCCAAGCUGAUAGAGGUGCCUGAUAUCAGCAGAGAGUAUGCCCCUACUGCCGGUAUCAAGGAGCUCCGUGAGUCGGUGGCCAACUUGUACAAUUCGCUUUAUCGUGAAGGUAAGGAGUCCAAGUACACAUACAAGAACGUGUGUAUUGUGCCUGGAGGAAGAGCCGGGUUGAUCCGUAUUGCCUCGAUCAUCAGCGAUUGCUAUCUUUCCUUCUUUCUUCCCGACUAUACCGCCUACGCCGAGAUGCUUUCGCUUUUCAAGAAUUUCUCGCCCAUUCCCGUUCCUUUGGACGAGGUGGACAACUACGAGAUGCACUUGAACCACAUUGAUCUCGAGUUGAAGAGAGGUGUUUCUGCUUUCCUCACCUCCAACCCCAGAAAUCCCACCGGUAAGUGUAUGACGCCCGACCAGUUGAAGCGUCUCCACAAGAUCUGCAGAGAAAAGUGUCUUUUGAUCAUGGACGAGUUCUACUCCCACUAUUACUAUGACGACGACUGCCUGGGUUCCUCGAUAUCCUCGGCUCAGUUCGUCAAGGACGUGAACAAGGACCCUGUGUUGAUCUUGAACGGUCUCACCAAGGCCUUCCGGUUGCCCGGCUGGCGUAUCUGCUGGAUCUUGGGUCCUGAGGAGUACAUCAACUCCUUGAGCUCAGCAGGUUCCUACCUUGACGGUGGUUCCAACGCUCCCUUCCAGUAUGCUGCCAUUGACUUCUUGAAACCUUUGGCGGUCAAGGCCGAGAUGAAGGCGCUUCAAUUGCACUUCAAGAUGAAGAGAGACUAUAUCAUUGGCCGCUUGAGCAAGAUGGGUUUCCCCUUCACCCAAAAGAACAUCCCCAACUCCACGUUCUACUUGUGGCUCAAUCUCUCCCAUUUACCCGGCAAGCUCAGUAACUGCCUUGGCUUCUUCCACGAGUGUCUCCACGAAAAAGUCAUUGUGGUCCCAGGCUUCUUCUUCUUGAUCAACCCGCAGAACUUGUCCCGUCUCGAGGAUGUUAUCUGGUAUAACUACGUGAGAAUCAGUUACGGGCCUGAAUUGCCGCAAUUGGUGAAAGGCAUGGACGGCAUCGAACGCAUUCUUCGCAGGUUCAAUGCCUUGCCUGCCGAUUAUAAGUCGUAG